GUCUUCUGCUUUUCAUCCACAUGGACUCUCCAAAUUUACGUGUCAUCGCUGCUUUCCAGAACCCUACGUAUAAACAAACACAUGGAGGGCAUCUACAAAUCUUAAGGUUUGGACGGCGGCAGUAACCAUAUAAACCGUCAAACAAGAACAGAUCGAAUACUUAACUGGCCGGUGAUCAUAUUUUUGAGGUUCGGAUGGAGAACCUGCAAAUUGUGCCGGCAUGCAAUAACGUAGAGGCUCAGUAUGUGGAAUUGAGGGUGCCUUUGUAUUCUUAUGGGUGCGAGAAGAAAGUUAAGAAGGCUUUAUCACAUUUCAGAGGAAUAUACUCAGUGAACGUGGAUUUCAAUCAACAGAAGGUGACAGUGUGGGGAAUCUGCAACAAAUACGACGUUCUGGCAACCAUACGGAAUAAGAGGAAAGAAGCUUGUUUCUGGAAUCCAGAAGACAGUACUGAAGGAAGAAUAAUGGAACAACAUGCACAAACAAAACCACGGUCGCCGUCCCGCCCUCUCCCUCCUAAACGCUCGAUAUCGUUUACCCUGUCUAAGGCUCGGGCUCUCAGCUGGAAAUUAACAUUGAAGAAAGUCUUCAUGAGAUCCGAUUCCUUCUGAAAAUUAAUCUCUAUCCAAAGAGAGAAACGAUGUUAUUUUGGGCACUAUAUAGGAUUUGUGCUAUCGUAUGUAUACGUAAAAAUAAGCUGGUGGUUAAAGCGAUUGGGUUUCCUUAACCACAGUCCUUGAGUACUUCUCAAUUUGGGUAAUUCGAAGCAUUGUCAAGAUAAGUGUGCAAAAACAAAUGAUCACUCUUCAUGUA